UUGCCAGGUAGCUGGUGCAAAUACUUGCCAGAGGUUGACCACCAGUGGAUAUCAAAAGCACUGGUCAAAUGGUCUGCAACAGGCAAGCCAGAAAUAGCCUACAGUCAGAUAAAUAAGUUGUGGUGGCAUCCUCCUAAACCCCACCUUUCAUCUCCCAUUCCACCGAAAGUCGACAGAUACUUUGGCAAUAGACUUUUUCUGUGGCUACCAAAGAAACUUUGGAGAUAUCGUCUGAUAUGCCCAAAUAGUACCUGCACUAACCACGAGCUGACAUCCGCCAGCUUGUACCCAGUCAUCCGCCGAGUACUAGAUGUGGACAGUGUGUACCACCUGGUGUCUGAGUACCUGGAAUGUUCAAGUUGCAGAAAGAAGGUAAUUGCAUGGAGUGCCCCUGUCCUGUCUCAACUAGACAUGGCCCAUCGCCUUCAAUUUCCUGUAAUACUCACAUACAAGUAUGCGUGUGAUGUGCGGGUUAUCAGAAUGAUGCGUUAUAGAGGCAUUGGUAAUGGUUCCCAUAAGCUGUACAAGGCGAUCGUAGAGCAGCACAACGAGCGCUAUUUGCAGCAAUCAAUUGCAUACCUGACCCAGUGCAAGGCCUUUGCAGAUGCAGGCGCUAGGGGCCUGGUAAAUAUACCUACAGUCAGCCAGCCACCCGCUUUGACUUCUGUUCCAAAAUUCCAGUGGCUUCAAAGCGUCUAUUGCCAGGAUGUAUUGCAGCGCGUGGACGAAGUCAAGGCUUCGAUAACUUCCGUAUUUGGCAAAAUCCUCAAGAUGGAUUCUACCAAAAAGGUUAGAGCAAUACACUUGUCUGAUUUUGUCUGAGUCUACUUUGCUAAUAAGGUAUAACAAUUAGAUAAUAGACGUAGGAAUGUUUGCUAACCAACUGAGAAAAAUCAUUGGUUGUGACUAUUUCAGGUGGCCAAAAAGCUAUCUGGUUAUGCAUCUCGAACAGCCGAGUGGGUGACCAACGUAGGCAACGAACACGGGCAGGUCCUUGUUAGCGUCCUUACUGCCAAGGAAGGAUCUGGGCUGAGCAAAUUGGCCGGCGGUCUCAUGAAGCGGUAUAAGGAUGCGAGCGUGGAUCCUCCGGUCCUUCUCUACGUUGACAGGGACUGCUGCUCCGAUAAGAGCAAAGCCUUUUUCGCAGAGUGGGAUAAUCUACUUAUCCGACUCGAUAUUUAUCAUUUCAUGCGUCGUAUAGCCACUGGCUGCUCCACUGAGUCCCAUCAGCUACACCAAACAUUCAUGGCUAGGCUAUCACAAUGCAUUUUCCAAUGGGACAGUAACGAUCUCAAGCGUCUCAAAUUGGCGAAGAAAAGGGAGAUGGAGAGCCAAGGCAUAAAGGAGCCAAGAGAUAGAGAUGUUCUCAGUAGAAUAAACAGUCGCGAGUUCGCGCUUCACUGCCGCCGCACAACCCGUAGCACCGAGGACAUUGUACGUAACAUUACAAACCUUAUAGAGUUUUUCGAUGGUGAGCAGGGUCGUGAUACGCUGGGUGUGCCUCUCUUCAAUAGCAGGAGGAUCUGGGAAGAAUGGGAAAAGGCUAGAGAGCACGUCAACUGUAUCCUUGACCCACCAGGCGUUCAGCUCUAUACGGAGGUUGGCACAAUCACCAAGGGGGGUGUUGAACUAAAGGUGUACCGGUGCGCACGCGGCUCAACCUCGCUUGAGUCCUUCCACCUGCACAUCAAUCACUUUAUCCCAGGUAGGUUUCACUAUCUAUGUAAACGUUUGCAGUAGAUUUCUAGAAUAUUAACAUAGGAACAUUAUUUGAUAUUAAAAAAUGUUAAAGGAAUUGCACACGCUUUACCAUUGGUCAGUUUCAGUGGAAUUCCCGCGUGUUCAUAACUCAACAAUUAACUGCUCAUAUUAAAUCGUUAUUAUAAUAUAUUGCCGUAUUGAGUUCACUGUUUAUAUCAUGUUACGGGUUCACAGGCAAUACAGCAAGCGACCUACACUUUGAAGCCUAUCUCCUUGAGGGACUGAUGAGGUGGAACCAGGACCGCUCAAGAGCGGCAGUAUCCACCGUGAAGAAGCGAGAACCACCUCAGUCCUACUCAGUCCUUCUCCGCUACGUGGCAAACCAGCUGAGUGAGGAAGUGUUUGGGCAGUCUUUAGCACCGAGCUUUAAGGGACCCAAUAAAUACACUGGUAUGUAGAUCAUCGAUUUGUUUGCCUCUUUAUACAGUUUAUAGUUUGUAUGGUUUCUUGAUGUUAUUGGCUUCUCGAUUUCUCUAUUGAUUAAUGUAGGUGAACUACUGGGAGUGGAAUAUCUAUAUGAUCAAACGGGACAGGUCCUGCAGGUCAUACAGGGCGACCCGACUGAGACUGACGACAUCGGCGGUGAUGCAAAUUAUGAGGACUCAGAUGAUGAAGGAUUUGAUGAGGCCCUUGCCUUUAACGAUCCAACAAUCGCUCCAACACAGUUUAUCAUCGACCAGCCAGCCCGUCAAUCUACCACAAAACCCCGACAACACGGUAGGCAUUUAUUGUGUCCCUUUACAAGCAAAAAUACCAGGCAGUAAACUUACUACUUAUUUUUCCAGAUUCUACUACUUAAAGUGCAUCCUUCGCCUCUAACAUGCCUUCUACAACACCCUUGUCUGCUUCUCGUGUUUCCAUGGGGCUGAACACACCAUCCAGACAAAGUGGUAAGUGCUUGUUGUAGCAGCAAAUUUGUAAUUGUGUUGAUUGUAUAUUUUAGUUUUCCUGUACCCUAGACUUGUUCAUGGAAGCCCCGUCGACUUCAUCUGCUUCCCCGUCUCAACCAGGAUCUUCCUGUGAUGCCGCUGACGAGAUCUCGGAUGAAUCUCGAGUAAGUACCUACCAUACAUAAUAAUAACUGAUUAGCCCUUUGAAAUUUACCGAAAUAAAUUUCCUUUUUUACUCUUUUUUUCACACAGGAAUGCGUUGGUCCAGACAAUAUAGAAGGUUUCGGUGAGGUCCACGACUUGGCAAACUAUCUUGUCUGUCUUCGUGAUCAAGAAAGGCCCCUGGACAACGGCCAAGCAGACACAAUUUUAAAACUGUGGGCUGCUUUGUCAGACUAUGACAAGAGACCUACCGUAUUUUCUCCACGCUUCUCAAGUACAUCACCUCGAGGGAGGUUUAAAGCCUCUAAGUCAACCGUUGCCGCUGGAGUUGAAGCUACCCGCCGGUAAUCAUUAUAGAUUUACAAAUUUGUUGUAUUGUUAGAAAGACGUAUUACUUCGACAAUAAUUGCUCUAUUACGACCGAAGAAUUAUGGUUUCACUUUGCUUCAGGUGCUUUCUUGGUCAAAAUGCUGGCCCUGCCCAGCGACCUGAUUGCAACAGAUAUAUGCAGGCUAUCAUCGACAAACUUUGUGCUGCCUAUCCAGGAAACGUGGUCCAGAAUGGGAAUAGGGUGUUGCAGUGGACAUUGAUCUUGAGAGCUUACCAAAACAUCAAAACCCUGGUAGUGCAGUGUUCAAAGGUGAUGAGCGAUACGGCGAUCCAGCUGGUUGACAUCAAUCAGUCUACAUUAACACAGUGGUACGUUAACUUAAACAAUACGAACAAAUAUUUCAGUUCUUAGCUCCGCCGCUUAUCUGCGCACACAUUAAACUCCCACAUUAAAUCCCAUCAGCUACGUAUUCUUUAAUCUAUAUUCACCAAAUACGCAUUAAAAUCCACUUUUCUUUGGUUGAAAAGGUUUAAAAAACAAUCCAAGGAGACCGAGCGACAAGUUUUGGAACAAGGGAUCACUCUCCCAACCCUGUCUAUGACAGCACCAGCUCCGUUGCCUGCCGCCAUGGCCCGCCCACAAGAACUUCUUACUGGUACAAGUGAAGAGCACCAGUUCCAUCUUCUUACAAAUGCCGCUGGCGCUGCAAAAACAGCACGCAGACCACGAACUAUCCUGCCCAAUCAACCCACAACAGUGUUGCCGUCCUUCUCCCUUUCGGCAACGCCCUUUCCCCCUGGUGCAGUGCUAUUCUCGCCACAAUCAACAACAACACAUGUUCCUCAACCCCAAGGUAUACCAGCAGCCGAACCACAGGUACCGUCAUCCACCAUGUCCUACAGAAGAAAGCGGCUGCAAAAAGAGCUUGAA